AUGUCCCGAGGACUCACAGCCGCCGCUAGUGGUGCCAUCCUCCUAAGAGGUGGCACUGUCCUCUAUCAUGGUGACCAAGACCAUGUGAAACCGUUACGGGAUACCGAUAUCCUUGUAAGAAACAACCGGAUCGCCAAGAUUGGAAAAAGCAUUACCGCCCCAGUUGAUGCGGAACUCGUUGAUUGCAGAGGGAAGAUCAUCACACCCGGCUUCGUCGACACACACCACCAUCUUUGGCAGACGCAGUUGAAGGGUUCCCACGCAGACCAAUCAGUGUUCGAUUACAUACCGACCGAGGCGUUCGUUUGCACCAUGAUAGGUUUCUGGCAAAGCUAUGUGUACACCCCUAAGGAUAUGUUCUGGGGUCAGCUAGGAGGCGCGUUGGAGGCCAUCGACUCAGGCACGACCUUUGUCCUAGAUCAUGCUCAUGGAAAUCAGUCUAAUGAUCAUGCCCGUCAAGCCUUGUCCGCAACCAUAGCGUCUGGGAUCCGCUCCAUAUUUGCAUAUUCUCACGCCCCUUACUUCACCAAAUGGGAUGCAGAGAGCUGUGAGCUCUCUCGAGACAUCAUGCCGGAGUUCAGUAUGGCUUAUAUCUUCGAGCUUGCCCAGCAGCAGCCGUUCGGCAACGGGAGAGUCCAUAUCGGAUUCGGCUUCGACUACUGGUUCUUGCCUAAGGAAGCUGUCGUCGGCAUCUUUUCCCAGCUUCGUGGUGCAGGCAUCAAGCUUUUCACAUCUCAUUACGCCAAAAACCCCACAUUUGGAAACCAUCCACUCAUUCACACACUGGCCGCGUAUAACCUCAUCAAGACACCAAGUGACAUCCUAUUGUCGCACGCUACAGGCCUCGAUGAACUUGAGAAGGCCAAGCUAGCAGAGACCCAGGUUCCCGUAUCCAGCACACCAGAUACAGAGGCACAGAUGGGAUUCGGCUGGCCACUGGCCUUCACACCCGGUAUCAACUACACACUGGGCGUUGACUGUCACACUAACAACACCUCCUCCAUUUUGUCUCUCGCCCGAACUGCGCUGCAGCUCGCACGUCAGAAGAACACUGUGAAGGAGAUGAACGGCGGAGAGGGCGCUCCUCAGCGCAUGGACCUGCGUCCAACGGGCAGUACUGAAGAUGCAUUCAAUGCAGCUACCAUCAGAGGAGCACGUGCAGUUCUCCUGGGCAAUGACAUCGGGUCGAUUAGGGAGGGGAAACUGGCUGAUCUCGUCAUCUUCGAUGCCGUGGGAAGCGUGGGCAUGAGCUGUGUCUCUGAAUCAGAUCCUCUAACUGCAGUUGUUCGCCACAGCGACAAUCGUGAUAUUGAGGCCGUCAUGAUUGACGGAGUCUGGAGGAAGAGGGACAGCAAGUUGUGUCCAGUGAUCAUUGAAGAGACGGGGGCUAGCCUGACAUGGCCGGCUAUCAGGGAAAAGCUACUGGCAAGCCAACGCGACAUUCAGCAGAGGCAAAAUAACCUGAAUGUCGACAAAGCAAAGGAAGCGCUUAUUUCCAUGUUUCAGAUUGAUAAAAGCAAGCUUGUAAAAUCUUGA